AUGCCGCCAAAGGAACCAGUGAAGAAGUGGAAGGCCCCAAAAGGGCCCAAGCCAGUGCACCACAAGAACAAGAACUUGAUCGGGCUCGGGAGAGCGAUCGCUAACGUCAAGAAGAACAAGGUGGAGUACCUCCCGGAUGGCGAGUUGAGAUACACCACGGAGAAGCACGAGGACGCGUGGGUCAAGUUGAGAUCGGUCACGCAGGAAAACUCGUUGGAUGAGUUUUUAAAUACCGCCGAGUUGGCUGACACUGAUUUCACGGCCGAAAGGGGAGCUUCGGUCAAGAUUAUCAAGAUCGACGCCUCCAAGAACCAGUACCUUUUGACGAAGGCGGAGGAGCUCGAGCGUUCCAAGUUGCACAAGGAGUUUGCGGACAAGUUGACAUGCCCGAGAAGACCGGCGUGGGACGCCACGACGACCAGAACGCAGUUGGAGAGACAAGAGAAAGUGGCGUUUUUGGAGUGGAGACGCCAGUUGGCCGUAUUGCAGCAGAACAACGACUUAUUGUUGACGCCGUUCGAGAGAAAUCUCGAGGUCUGGAGACAGUUGUGGCGUGUGGUGGAAAGAUCCGAUCUUGUGGUGCAGAUUGUGGACGCACGUAACCCGUUGCUCUUCCGUUCCAUCGAUUUGGACGUGUAUGUUAAGGAGGUGAAUCCGUUGAAGAAGAGUUUGUUGUUGGUGAACAAGGCAGAUUUGUUGAGUGACUCACAGAGGCUUGCGUGGGCCGAGUACUUUAUUGCGCACGACAUCAGAUACACCUUUUUCUCUGCCAAGACCGCCAACAGCAUCUUGGAGUUGGAGUCCUUGGGUGAGGAGGUUGACGUGGCACAGAUCUACAACGAUGAAGACGUCGAUCCGCGCAUCAGAAUUUUGCGUAUCGAGCAGUUGGAGGACUUGUUCCUCGCGGAAGCGCCGGAGCCGUUGACCAAGCCAAGAGACCCGAGCCAGGCACCGAUCACCCAGAUCGGGUUGGUGGGGUACCCAAACGUCGGGAAGUCGUCCACCAUCAACGCGUUGGUGGGCUCCAAGAAGGUGUCUGUGUCGUCCACCCCAGGUAAGACCAAACACUUCCAAACCAUCCACCUCUCGCCGUCCGUGUUGUUGUGCGAUUGCCCGGGUCUCGUGUUCCCUAACUUUGCCUACACCAACGGUGAAUUGGUCUGCAACGGUGUGCUUCCGAUCGAUCAGUUGAGGGAGUACACCGGGCCAUGCACCCUUGUGGCACAGCGGAUUCCAAAGUACUUCCUCGAGGCCAUCUACGGUAUUGCCAUCCCCACCAAGAGAAUUGAGGAGGGUGGUACCGGUGUGCCAACCUCCCAGGAGUUGUUGACCGCGUACGCCAGAGCCAGAGGUUACAUGACCGCCGGUUUCGGUUCCGCAGAUGAGAGCAGAGCCGCUAGAUAUGUCUUGAAGGAUUAUGUGGCUGGGAAGUUGUUGUAUGUGCAGGCGCCACCAGACCCCACCGGUGCUCCAAUCAGCCGCGAGGAUGCGCUUGUGUUCAACAAGGACCUUUUCUCGCUCGACAAGUUGUCUGAAUCCAGAAGAGAGCAGUUGAUCGCUGCGGCCAAGCUCAAGGGUCUUGACAUUGACUCUCUCGACUUGUCCAAGGACUUGGCAUCCUUGAAUUUCUCCGCGCAUAUCGGUGGCUCUGCCUCUGACAACUCGCGUGGCGCUGCGCAGACCGGAUCCAACUAUGGUGGUAAGCAGGCUGCGUUGUACAGCGCCGGUGAUGCCUUGGACAAGGAGUUUUUCUUGUCUGACAAUGUCAAGGGCACCUUCGCCACCCCAUUCCACAAGCUCCAGAAUGCCGCAGGCAAUGGUAAGAAGCAUGGCAAGAAGAACAGUAAGGGGAACAGAAUGAAGGUCACUGAUGACUUCUAG